AUGGCUGAUUUUAGAAAAUCACUUUUCCCCGAAGGCACUAAUCAACAACAAUAUACAAAUAAUAAUAAUAAUAAUAAUCAUUAUUUUGUAAAUUCGAAAUUACAACACUCCGAUAUUAAUGUAAAUAUUAAUAUUGGAACUGGAAAUAAUAAGAAAAAUAAUACUAAUACUAAUCAUAAUACAACCAAAAACAACAAUAUAACCACCACUCCACCACCAUCAACAAUUGAAAAUAAUAAUAUAGAUAAUAAUAAUAUUGAUAGUAAUGAUUGGAAUCCAAUUAGAAUAACAAUUUAUUCUGAUAAUUUAUUGGAUGAAAAUGAUACAAAAUAUUCAUGUAAAAAUAGAAAUCAAAAUGUUUUUAUGUUGGAGAAUGGAACGAUGGUUAGUACAUUGUGUCGACCAAACGAUGUGUUGACACCCGAGAAACGACAACAUCUCAACAAAAUGAUCCGAGAAGCAGUGGAAUUUUUCCAGUCGACGCUGUCCAUGACGCAUCCAAUCGACUAUCCGAUAAAAUUUGGGUCGCCACUAAGCUAUUGCAAUCCAAGUGCACCCAUUGCCGUCCCACCCGAGUUUAUACUGUCGGGCGUCAACCAUAGUGAUUUGGUGUUGCUCGUGACAAGUCGUCCGCUGGUGCAAAACGACGUGCUUGCGUUUGUAGCCAACGAAACAGACUGGCCUAUCUUUUACUCGAUCUAUCCUGAAACAGGAGCACCCGGCUCAUUGGUCACGAUCCAAGGUCGAAACUUUUACGGGUCUCUCAAGGUGAUCAUUGUAGAGCCAACAGAAACAGUAGAGAUGAUUGGAACAGAGAUGUUGAUUGUCAAGAUUGCAUCAAAUGACGUUCUCAUGUCCUCUAGACUAUUCCAACCAAGUAGUUCGAAAUACCUGUUGCAAGGUGACCCCUCCCAACUUCCAGUCAACGUUGUCAUUCUAAACAACUCGACAGGUCGCAAUGGAAUGGGUCUCAGAGCAUUUACAUUGCACAAUUAUAAUCCCAUGUGUCCAAAGGAAUGGAUACGACGUAAUCGGGUUGUUCUCUUUGUACUUGGAGCAGUUGCCGUUCUUGCUCUGGUAUUUGGAUCAUUAAUGUGUUACCAGAGAUACAAGGCAAAGAAACGUCGUUCAAACAACAACAAUCCAGAGGAUCCAGAAGAUCCCUAUGAUAAAUCACAUCUAGAAAAGCAAAAGGAAGAGGAAAUUGAAAAUGGAUUUAAAUUCCUUCAAAAACAUAAACCACCUCAACUUUCUCAAUUAAAUCAACAACAACAACUCCACCAACAACAAUAUCCACCCGUCGAACAAAGUAACAAUUAUAAUAUUCCAAAUAUAAAUCCAUUAAAUAAUAGUCCUCCAAAUAAUAAUAAUAACAAUCAUCCUAGAAGUCUUGUUGAUAAUAGUGGUGCUGAUGUCUAA